CCACUCAGAGACUUGUGAAGAAGAAGAAGAAGAAGAAUAGAGAUAAACCAGAAAAGAAAAUGGAGCCUGCUUCCUUUACCGCAUCAUCGCUCAUAAGAGUUGCAGCUCUUUCUGGGUCUCUUCGUAAAUCUUCCUAUAACCGUGGUCUAAUUCGUUCUGCGAUUCAGAUAAGCAAUACGUCGAUCAACGGCCUGCAGAUAGAGUACAUAGACAUCUCACCGUUGCCACUGCUGAAUACGGAUCUGGAAGGCGAGGGGAGUUUUCCACCUGCCGUCGAAGCGUUUCGUCAGAAGAUUCUGGAAGCUGAUAGCAUCCUCUUUGCUUCUCCUGAGUACAAUUACUCCAUCUCCGCACCUCUAAAGAAUGCAAUUGACUGGGCGUCAAGACCACCAAAUGUUUGGGCUGAUAAGGCUGCUGCAAUUGUAAGUGCCGGAGGAGGCUUUGGCGGUGGACGAUCGCAAUAUCAUCUUCGCCAAGUUGGAGUUUUUCUUGACCUUCAUUUCAUUAACAAGCCCGAGUUUUUCUUGAACGCAUUCCAGCCUCCUGCCAAGUUUGACAGUGAUGGCAACUUGAUUGAUGAACAGGCCAAGGAGAGGAUAAAAGAAGUUCUUCUCUCUUUGAAGGCAUUGAGCUUGAAGCUUCAUCGAAAGCAAUGAGAGGAGCUGUUUCGUGUUUCGAACUGCCUGACUUCUAAGUCUCAAUGGAGGUUGCAAGUUUGAAACAAGAAACAGUCUCUUCGCAGGGCUCUGUGUACAUCUGCCUAUCCUUAGACCUCGCAAUGGCCGUAGCCUCGCACCGGCUGCCCUUUUAUUUUAUGGUGUUGAAAUUGUAUGUGAUUCUCAGACUUACAGGUGCUGUGUGAUUCAGGCUCUGUCAUGUUAGCAUUGCAGGAGUUUGACGCUUUGUAGUUUAUGCUAUUAUUUAUUUCUUUCUGCCUCUGGAAUUGGAAUUUAGACCUUUGAUUUGUGUUUAUGUUUCUCUGGGCAUAACGUGUGCUAAUAAAAUGUAUCCAUCGCAGCAAAGUUUGCGCUAUCCAGGAUUGGCAUACACUUCCAAUGUU